GCAAAAAAUAAGACAGUGAGUUUCCUGUUCAAUUGCAUUGGAGGACUAUAUACAUCUUUUUCCACUCAGCUCACUUAACCCAUUUUUCACAGAGCCGUCAGCAUCUGACCAUCAACCAGUGUCUAACUUUCUUUCUUCACCUCUGAAAUUCACGUCCAGGACUCAACAAUCUUGGGAGUCUCCUGCUCCUCUCCGGGAUUCCUUUCGUCUUCCAGAAUUACUUGCACAUCUCUCUGCAAACGCUCAUCUCUCUGCAUAAGCUCCAAGACCCUCCUUCCUGCAGAGAUGAGUGAGCGACAGACAACUUAUACAGAACCAGAUCUCCAGAACUCUCAGGAAAGAAGAUUGACAAAUAGAGGUUCUCUCUGGAGGUUUCUGACUGGGAUCCUUGGAAUUUUCUGUCUUGUCCUUGUGGUUACAGUGGGUGCACUGAUAUCAUACCAUUCUAUUCCAGACUAUCCAAGCCCCGUCCAAAAAGCUUUGGUGGAAAGACCUGAAAGAGGACUUCACCUCUGUUCUUGCCCUGAGAACUGGAUUUGGUUUCGACACAGCUGCUACAGAUUUUUUUCUGAGAGUAAAACUUGGAGAGAGAGUCGAUCUUCAUGUGAAGCUCAGAAUUCCAGUCUCCUUACGUUGAAAAGCCAAGAAGAGCUGGAACUCUUCACAUUACAAUUAUUCCACUGGAUUGGAGUCUACCUGAAAGAAGAGACUGGGACCUGGAUAUGGGAGGAUGGCUCAGAAGUCUCUUCCAAACUGCUUUCAUUUCCCACGAAUCAAAAAGACAGGACCUGUGGGAUUUACAAAUCACGGCAUUCAGCUUUUUCAGAAAAUUGUACCAUUAAAAAUCCCUAUAUCUGUAAGUUAAAAUACUUUUAAACACCUUUCUUCGGACUAAAACAACUUCAGAAUGUAUCUAAUUUAUACCCAAGAGCAGUCUUCUUCAGCAAAGUGAAAGAAUCCUUCCAAUGCUCCCUGGAAUACACUUCUACGUGUUUGUAUAAGGCAAUACUGUGCUUGUGGACAGAGAAAUAAACUACUGGAUUUGAGAGGAA